GGCGGUUCGGUUCGGUUCAGUUUUCUUGGGUUCUCCGUAUCCGCUGCGCACCACCACUGCAUCCCAGGCUCCAUUCCGGAACGGUUACUUUUUUACCUUGCCUAGCCAGCUCCGCAACAAGGACGCGAGGAGAGGAGAGGGCAAUUGGUGUCAACGACACACACACAAGCGUUUAUCAGGAACCCCACGCAAGAAGGCACCGCAAGCCCAAGCAGCCGCGAUGGCAUCUUCGUCGUCGUCUUCCGCAAUCCCGGUCGCGGCCAAAGCGCGCACCCUCGCGCACAUGAACAAGGACCACCGCGCCGACCUCGCACACAUGCUGCAGCACUUCAACGGCGUGCCCGCCACCGACGCCGAGCUGCUCGACAUGGACCUGGCCUCGCUCACCGUCCGCACAGGCACUGGGGAUGUCCACAAUAUCGCCAUCGACCCGCCCUUGGCCGCCUGGGACGACCGCCGCCAGCGCCUCAUCGACAUGACGCUCGCCGCGCGCGCGGGGCUGGGCAUCGCCACCACCACUCCCGACACGGGUCACCACCCCGUGGCCGCCGCCGCCGUCGUCGUCGUCGUAGGCAACCGCUUCCGCCCGCCGCAGACCCCCCUCGAAGUAGCCGUGUUCGGCGGCGUGACGCUGUACUUUGUGACCCUAACGCUCGUGAUGCGCGGCGUGUUCGACGACGGCGCCGCCGGCGCGGAAACACUCCAGCACAUUUUGUUUUGGAGCGGCGCCCCCGCCGCCCUGCGCUGGCUGGUCGCGGCCAUCUUCGUGCCGACGGUCGUCGCGCAUGUCGUCGAGGCCGUGCAUCUCCACCGCUCGCGGCUGCGGAGGUAUGGUGUCCCGGCGUUGUCGCCGGCGUGGUGCGGGUGGAUUGCGUGUGCGCUGUUUGAGGGCAUGACGACGUUUAAGCGCUUUGAUCGGCUUGUUGGGGAGCUGGAAAGGAAAGGGGCUUGAGUUGGGAUGGGGUGGGGGUUGGGGUGGGGGUAUUUUGUCUUGUGAUGUCUUGUGAUGGCAAGCGGGUUCUGGGACGGGGAGGUGCGUCGCUGCCUGUGUAGAUGGUGCCGGAUUCAUUGCCUGCGGGCUGGUCGAUCUGAUGGGUGGGUGGGUGGUUUCAUGACUUCAGCGCAUGUCUAGACACGCUUGCACCUCUAUACGCGACACAUAAAUAAGGAAUAAGGAGAGAGAGGUCG